UGUUCUGCUUCAGACUUGCAGCGAUAGGCGGCGACAAACAACGACGAUAUCGAAGACCGAUAGGGCCCGAUACAACAAAUAAAUCGAAAUAUUUUCAACAAUUUUCUGGGGAAAAUAAUUGGAAAUAUAACGAAUAUUCAGCAGACCAAACCGGAUGCGCUGUUGGCCCGGGCCCAGCGGCAAGUCGUGAGCAAUGGCAGGAGCCAGCGGGCGCUGGCUGGAGCAAAUCUGAACGGCCAAAACGGCACCCAGUGAGAUAGCCAAAAAUUAGCAUAAAAAGUGAGCGAUUAAAAUGCAGAAAAUGUACGCGCUGCUGGCAACCUUGACAUUCUGGACGCUGGUGCUGCAAACAGAGCAGGCCCACCCGUCCCCAUCGCCGUCGGCGCCGUGCGAUCGCAGCCGCAAGGUGUUCACGGAGCCCUACGGCGAAAUCUCCGAUGGACCCUCCGGCUUCAACUACACCCAGGACUCGCACUGCGAGUGGCUGAUCAAGGCGCGCAACGACAGCCAGUACAUCACGCUGACCUUCCACAGCAUGGGCACCGAGUGCUCCUACGACUACAUCUACGUCUACGAUGGCGACUCCUUCAACUCAACGCUCCUGGGGAGCUUCAGUGGGCGAACCCAGCCCCAGCGACUGGUGGCCCGCAGCGGGAGUAUGCUCAUCCUGAUGUACAGCGACACGAAUUACGUGCUGGAUGGCUUUCGAGCCUCCUACUACAUAUCAAACUGUCUAAACAACUGCCAUAAUCAUGGGAAGUGCGUGGGCCAUCAGUGCGUUUGUCACGGCGAGUGGGUGGGUCCCGAUUGCGAGGAUGAGGCCUGUCCCCAGCGAUGUGGGGAGAGCCAGGGACGGGGUCGUUGUCAGAAAAGCAUCUGCCAUUGCUCGCGCGGAUUCAGCGGCCGGCUCUGUGAUCUGAGUGAUCACCCAGCAGGCAGCAGCUGGCGUUGGCUGGCCACCGACGCCGAAGGCAUGACGGCCCGAGCCGCCCACAGUGCCGUCUACAUGGAGGACGAGGACGCUCUUUACGUCUUCGGCGGAUACGAUCUGAAUAACGUUAUAAGCACGCUUCAGAUUUAUCGCUUCAGCACUAGCCAGUGGGAGGAUGAAUGGGGAAUUGCGCUCCAGAGUCGCCGUCACUUCUACCAUCCUCAAAAAAUCGAUCAUUCCUUGCUUAAGGCCGUUCUCCAUCACAAGAACGAAGACGAGGCCAAGCUAUGGGGUCUUAACAGCGACGUGAGCAUCUUUCGAACCGUUCUGUACACCUUGGCGGAGUCCAACCCGUCUCAGCGCCGCACGCGCUCCUCCCUGCCUCUUACCAUAGUGAAUGCGAAUUCGACGAAUGAAGAGUUGAACGAGUAUCUGGAAGAUAUAUUGGAGGAGGUUACGGAUCACAAGCCGCAUGGACGAUAUGGCCAUGCAGCGGAUCGUGUGCCCGGCGGUUUCGUUAUCUAUGGCGGGAAGCACGCCAAUGGUAGUUUCUACAGUGAUCUCUGGCAGUACAAUAACACGGAAAGUGGCGGCAAAUGGAAGCAAAUGGCCAUCAGGUCCGCAGUGAAGCCGCCUGCUUUGGCCAGGCAUACGCUUAACGCCGCUGGACGGUAUCUCUACAUUUUCGGUGGUAGUCUGGAGACUGGUGAGUUCUCAUCCAGCGUGUAUCGUAUACCCCUUCCCCUUUCCGAGGACUCACAAUGGGAGCUGGUGCAACCGAGAGGCGGCAAGACCUUAGAUGUUCGUCUGGCAGCGCAUUCGACGGUCUAUUACAAAGCCACCAAUUCGUUGAUUGUGUUUGGUGGAAUCAUGACGAGCUUAGCCCGCUUCUCUAAGCUCUCGGAUCGCAUUUACGCUUUUCAACUGGAUCAAAUGCACUGGACGGAGAUUUUAUACCCCCGAACGGCGCUAAGGGACACCAACAUACCCAGGGAGCGAGCAUUCCACACGGCAACCAUUUCGGGCAACUACAUGGUUGUCUUUGGAGGCUAUACUCAUCGUCACAACAAAGAUGAGAUAUGCUAUGACAACCAAAUGUACUGGUACCAUCUUAGCUGUCACAUUUGGAUUAAUCAAGUGGUUUCCGCCGAAGAUAGCCUUUACCCCAAGUCGCAGGGUGUAUUUGCACAUGCGGCGGCUCUGCGCCGGAAUCACACACUUCUGAUUGUGGGCGGUUACCAUGGAAAUGUGAAUGCGGAUCUCUUUGCCUACGAACUGCCCCAGGUGCUGAGGGUGGAGAAUACUCUCUACAAUCCGGAGAUCUCCUGCAGAUUGCAUUCCUCACACACCGCCUGCCUAUCGAAUCCCGAAUGUGGCUGGUGCUCGGCAGAUAGCAGCUGCUACGGUCGCACCAUCGGUGCCAACUGCACGACUAAUCUUCAAACCACCAGAUGUCCAGGGAUAUGCCCCUCACUCGGCGAUUGCCACUCAUGUUUGGUUCAUGGCUCGCAAUGGGGAAAGUCAUCCGGAAAUAAGGCAGCCUUUUCGGUGGCCAGUAAACUGGGAUUAAACGAGUGCACAUGGUGUGUUCAGAAUGCGAAAUGCCAUCAUCGCGAUGACAACUACGGAAUAUGUGGAGAUAGUUCAGGUUGGUGGGGUGACAAAGGCACAGAGAUUCGGCGCCCUUCGUUGUGCACCAGUACUGAUAGACGCCCGGGACUUACAUACAUUAAAUACCACUUCCCGAUCAAUUACACCAUGCCGGAUUACGUGGGUAUUGUGAAUGCUACUAUGGUGGACUUUGCUUCGCCGCCGUUUACCACUUAUUUUGAGCACAAACUCGAGGGAGAAAUGCUGGCCCGUUUGGUGGGAUUUGUGCGUCCGCAACAUCAGUGGAACAACUCAGCCAUCCAGGUGUGCACCAGUUACUCCUCGGCUGUACUGCGCGCUGGCUUGGGCCUUUACCUGGAUGAGCUCGUCAACGUCACUACGCAGAGCUCCAACCAGAGCUACUGCAGCAAUGUCCAGCUGCCCACCACAGAGCAGCCUUUCACCAUUGAUUUCCAGGCUCGACGAAGAAUUGGAGGAAACGGUAUAUACAACGCCUAUCAAAAGACCAAGAUGGAACUGCAGCACCUGCACAAUGGGCAGCUAAACGCCUUCACAUUCGAGUAUUUGGAACCAUACUACUCUGGCAAAUGUACCCAGUACUCCAACUGUCUCCACUGCCUCACUGACGCGUCCUGUGCGUGGUGUCCUCUCACCAAUAUCUGUCAUCUGCGAUCCGUAAACGAGACUGAAGUGUGCAAGAUGGAGACUUCGGACACCUUUCACUGGUCUUACCUGAUCAGCCAGCCCAGUCAAUGUUCGAACUGCACAAACUACGUUAGCUGCGAGGCCUGCGCCCGGAGUGGCGAGUGCGAGUGGUGGACCGAGGACGCCCGUUGCGGCAGGAUCGGCAAGACCAAUAGCAGCGUGCGAGCGGUGGAGCAGUGCCCAAGAUCCUGCAGAGAACGGCAUGGCUGUCAGGAAUGCCUUGGCGAGCGUGGACGAUGUGUGUGGUGUGAAGCCAGUGCCCAGUGCUUCAGUUUUUCCGUGUACACAAGCGAGUUUCAGUUUGGAAUGUGCCGAGAAUGGGUGGACCAGGUAGUCAGUCGUCAGCCGCAAGAAAUUACCGAUCAGAAGCCCCAGACACCGCAUUUCCUCCAGCAGCAGUGCAAAUCCUGCGAACAGCAUCGGAAUUGUUCAUCCUGUCUACGAACUCUGAGCUGUGGCUGGUGCUUCGAUCGCGACAAUCCCAUCGAGGGCAUCUGCAUGCAGGGUGACUUCAGCUACAGUGCAGGAAAUUGCUCUCUGGCCUUAAAUAGUUCCUCCCAUCACGAUGCGGAGUGGGCGUACGCCCAGUGCCCCGAUGUCGACGAGUGUGGAUUGGGUCUGCACGAUUGCCACAAGGAGGCGAAGUGUACCAAUACCCAGGGCAGCUACAAUUGCCAUUGCCGAAGAGGUUACAUAGGCGACGGCAAGUUCAGCUGUGUGAGGACCUGCUAUGAGUUGUGCCAAAACGGAAAUUGCUCAGGACCACCGGAUUACACCUGUCGCUGUGCUCUGGGUUGGACCGGAGCCGAUUGUGGACUAAGCUGUGGCUGCAAUAAUCAUUCAACCUGCAAUGAGCGAUUGGGGAAAUGUGAUCAGUGUCAGGACUGGUCGGAAGGUGAAAAGUGCGAGAGAUGUCGACAGGGGAGCUACGGAAACGCUACCGCUCCACACGGAUGUCUUCCCUGCGAGUGCAACGGUCACGGGAACCAAGAUCUGGGUGUCUGCAACGUCAGCAACGGCGAGUGCUACUGCAAGGACAACACCCAGGGACUCAAUUGUGAAUUAUGUGCUCCCGGCUAUUACGGAGAUCCUCGAGGCGGCGGUAAAUGCUAUUACCAAUGUGAAUCCCGCGGAAUACUAACUAAUAUUGGCAAGAGUGCUAUCGGCUCAUAUCAAUCUUACCGGUCACCAUGGGGCGCCAGCCUGGAGGUUAAAGAGUGCUUGUGGAUAUUGCAACCGAAGACACUACAGGCGGAGAAAUCGCUUCUUCAGCUGGAGUUUCAGUGGCAGAGUCUUGCCAUGGAUUGUGAUGAGAAUGCUGUGUACAUAUAUGACAGUCUGCCGGACCUGACAGGUGCCACUCAGCAGAACCAACUCUUGGCCGUGGUUUGUGCUCCCUACAGCUCGGCAAGGAUUAUCGAGGCUCGUUCCAGUCACGUCACGGUCCACUAUAAGCAGGGAACUGAAAGGCGACACUUUGGAUUUAAUGCAUUGUACUCCGUGAUGAACUGCGUCGCCGGAAGUUGUAUACCUCCGCACAUCUGCGAUACCCAACAACGUUGUGUGUGUCCUUCCGGAUAUGUGGGUGCCAGCUGUGAGAUUGAAAUUUGUCCAAGCAACUGCAAUGCCAAGAGGAUGCAGGGCUUCUGCGACACGGAGUAUGGCAGGUGCAUCUGUAGUAAUGCCAACUAUGCAGGCGCUGACUGCGGUACCUUAGUUCAGCGGAACCAUCUGGUAAUAACGGAGCUGUUCAAUACCCAGCUGCUAAGUGAAAGUCUGGAACACCUCAGGAAGACCAUUCCUCGAUUUGGCCACUCUGUGAAUGCGGAUCGUAGGGGGUCGCUUUGGAUGUUCGGUGGGUACUCACCCAACCACGGACCUCUCAAUGAUUUCCGACAAUUCGACACAAAGAACAGCACGUGGCUGCAGGUCACAGUGGAAUCUUCCACUCCAGAGGAUCGAAUGCCCCUCGGAAGGUAUUUCCACGCGUCCGAAAUCUACGUUAAAAAACAGAUUAUCUACAUUUACGGAGGAAUCGGUGCUAGCUCGCAGCUUCUAAAUGAUUUUUGGAUGUUCUCGAUACAGAACCAACGCUGGAGUCAGAUUAAGGUGGAGGUCGAACCAAGUGAAGCGGACUACCAGGUCGAUGUACCGCCCCCUCUAGCCGGUCAUACGCUUACCCAUCUACGCUAUCAAGAGCACGAGUCGUUGAUUCUCCUGGGCGGAUUAUCGCUGAACAAGUCCCGACCACUCGAGUUGUGGGAGUUCAACCUGGACACUGGUCGUUGGCAAGAGCUCGCGGCUGUGGGUGCUAGAAUGCCUGUUCUUUAUGGCCACACUUCUGUCUACCACCCGGAGACAAACAGUGUUUACUUGUUUGGAGGAUAUUCCACGGAGCCUCAGAGCAAUCUGUAUGCGUUGGACUUGCAGAAGCUGAGCUGGACGGAACUUCCCAGUUUCAGGGAACUGAAUUCACCUGCCUCGCUGCUGCCGAGGGCUCGCUAUUUCCACUCGGCCGUUACCACCGAACACUACAUGAUACUUUACGGUGGACGGACGCAGCCCUUUAAUGGAACAGAUGUUCUUAUUGCCUAUGUUUACGCAUGCAAUCAGUGGGUGCGGCUGACAGAGGAUGUGGAGCUUAUAGGUCGUGUGCCAGCCUCGAGUUAUGCAGAGGACAUGGCCAUUGAGCCGGAUACGGGAGCGAUUUAUGUCAUCGGUGGAUGGGAUGGCAGCUCCACGCACAGUCACGUCACCAAGAUAACUUUGCCCGAUGAUAUUUGCCAGCUCUGGAGCAACGGGAAGUACCAAUGCCGGCACUACAUGGGCUGCAGCUACUGUACCAUUCAGAACACAUAUAGCUACAGUAGCCACUGCUUUAGCCAUGGACGAACUCCGUGCGCCAAUCACAAUGGCACCCUGGUGGUCAACAAUGGCGCUGCAUGCGAUGAUGACUGGAUGGCGAGCAGGAACUGCUCGAGCUUUGCAACUUGCGGAGCCUGUCUGGCGGCCUGGCCAACGCAUCAAGAGGUGGCACCUGUAUGCCACUGGUGUGACGACUGUGGCAUUCGAGGCCGCUGCGUUCCAGCUGGAGUUGACUGCGGAAGGAGGAGUGCCUGGUGCAACAAAGAACUGAGUGUUGGAGUCUUAGGCCUGUGUCCCCUGCCACAAUGCUACCAAUUGAGCUGUGAGAGCUGUAUGCUUCAGCCGCAAUGCAACUGGGCCAGGAAUGAACUGGGCACUGUUGAGUGCAUAGCCAAGGAAUUGGUGGAGAAGAAUCAGUACAGGGUGGUCGAAAGUUGCCCUCCGCCAUGCCACACCUACGAGAACUGUAGCUUGUGCUUGAGUCAAACGCCAACUCAAGACCACCAGGAGUGUAAAUGGUCCACUAUGCUGAACUUGUGUUUGACGCCCGGCUCCCAGCCACUACUGUGUGCUGGUGGCGUUUGUGGAUUGGUAUUGGAAGCUAGCGAGCUGAAACGCUGUCCGGAACCAUGUCAUGUAUACACACAGUGCUCCAGCUGUCUGGAGCACGCCCAUUGUGGUUGGUGCGCCCGCGAGGGAUAUAAUGGCGAUGGCAUUUGCACGGAGGGAGCAUUGGAACAUAAGCAGGAACAUCCCUCAGGAUCCACUUGCGAUCUUAUAUAUGCCAGCUGGCGAAAUGAUUCACACCUAACACAUGCUGAUGUUGUGUCCUGGCACUAUGUGCAGUGUCCGGCGGAGAAUGAGUGCAUCAAUGGCCAUCACAACUGUGACACUGUGUCGGAACAGUGCAUCGACCUGGACACAGCAGUGGGCUACAAGUGCGUCUGUGCCCAGGGAUACCGCGAGGAGCAGGGUGCCUGCUUGCCGGUGUGCAGUCAAGGGUGUGUCCGUGGAAAUUGCGUGAGUCCGGAACAAUGCCAGUGCGACUUUGGCUACGUGGGCGCCAAUUGUAGCAUCCAGUGUUUGUGCAAUGGUCAUUCCAACUGCGAGUCCAGUAGUCGGCUGGAUAUUUGCCUAGAGUGUCACAACAACACGAUGGGAGAGCAGUGCGAGAAGUGUCAGCCGCUUUUUGUGGGCAACCCCCGCGAAGGUCAUGCUUGCCAACCAUGCUUGGAUUAUUGCCACGGCCACAGUGAUGUGUGUGUUGCCUACGAUGCGGAUCCGGCAGUGUUUAAUAUGACCCGCUCUGAUCUGGAAAGGAUUUUACAGGAAGGUCCGGCUUACAAUGCCACCUGCUUGAGAUGCGGCAAUCACACCGCUGGUGAUCGCUGCGACAGUUGCCUAACUGGGUACUUCCGUGGUAGUGAGGAUUUGCACAAGGAGUGUCGGCCCUGCCAGUGUCAUGGACAUGGAAACAUUUGCGAUCCUGUCACCGGGGAAAAGUGCAACUGCGCCAACAACACGGAAAGCGAUGCUACCUGCACUGCGGGUGGGGGAAAGAACUCGGCGCAGCUCUGCUGGAUGGUGCAGUGCUCCAAGUGUCGCGAUUCCUAUGCUGGCAACCCCACAGAUGGCCAUCAGUGCUACAAGCAAAUAACUGUUGAGUCGCGAAUGUGCUUCGACGCCAAGCCAAUUGAGGAAUGCAAAUCGAAGCCAGCCGCCCUGAAGCCCGGCCAAACGGUGUUCUUCGUGAUCCAGCCUCGUUUUAUGAACGUGGAUAUACGCAUUAUUAUCGAUGUGACCCAAGGCGAGUUGGAUGUUUUCAUGUCACCACAGGACGACUCAUUCAUAGUUGAGACGAAUGAGACUACCGGCUACCACGAGAUAUUCCUUGACAACCGAUACAAUUGGGGGCCAAAGAUAAAACGGGAGCAUCCUCUAAAUGUUGCGUUGCCCAGGCACGACAAUGUCACUAUACAGAAAUUGUUUUCACCCGAGCGUCGCAUUGGUGGCGGGGGCCUUGGAGGAGAGAGAAUCGGAGCCAAUACCUAUUACGUGCCCCAGUUGCAGGAUUGCAAGAGCCAUGGGGGCCACAACUUUAUAGUGAAGGACCAGCACGCCAAGGACUUGAGUACACAUGUAACGCUUAAUCAUUGCAACACAUUGUUGCGCCUCUUUGGGCUAAAGAAUCGUUUGGUGCUGACCCUGCCCCAGCACGCCCACAACCUAAGUGCCACACGCUUUUUCAUUGCUCUGCGAGCGAGCUCUGGACCCGAACCCAGUUACGGCUCCGUCGUAUUCCGCCAGGAUCAGCUGCACAUUGAUCUGUUUGUGUUCUUCUCAGUGUUCUUCUCCUGCUUUUUCCUCUUCCUCGCCGUCUGCGUGAUUGUGUGGAAGGUGAAGCAGGCAGCGGAUCUGAGACGAGCUAGAAGACAGCAUGUGGUGGAGAUGUUGCACCUGGCCAAGCGUCCAUUCGCCCAGAUCUUCUUGGCCUCGAGCGGGCUUGAUAUGGACAGUCCGCAGCCGACCUCCUCCUCCUCCUCGGCCCGCGCCAUGCGGCAGCGCGCCCGCCAGGCGCUUCUUCUCCAGGAGCAAUCUGCAGGUGACUCGCAAUCGGUGAUGCACCACUCCACACGCCGCCAAAGCUCCCGCAUCAUGAUGGUAGCCAUAGAGCCCACAUUUGACAAUUUGGCGGCUGUGGGAACGGUGUUCAUUAGCUUGCCAGGCCGCUCGCGAGCUCCAUUGAGCAUUGCCCUGGGGUCCACUCUCAUUUCCUAUUCGCGGCAAUAUCCCCUAAAUACCCGUCACUUCAUGCGCGCCCAAAGGGGUCAGAAUGUGGCUAAUCACCCGGCCUAAACCAGAAUCUCUGUCAGCACGAACAAACUAAUUGUUAGUCAAUGUCGAAAGCCGAACCGAGUUUAAUAUCUAUGCAAGGACGUAUUUAGGAAGAGCAAAAAGACAUACGUUUAGAAAUCGGUGUAUAUGAAUAGUGUAGGUAAUUUUUGUACAUAACGUUUAGAUAACGCAAUAAUUAAUACUAUGUGUACAUAUAUGCAACAAAGGUGUGUUAAACGAUAGCUUGUGCGCGCACAAAUCGUCUAUAUAAUGUUUAUACUUAUCAGAAGAUUAACAUACAGGAAAUGGAUAAAAUAUUAGAUUAUAAGCAUAAUAUAAAGGAAUUGGGUCUCGAAUCUGCAACAGGAUACAGCAAUGCAUUCACGUAGUUUAAACACAGAACAAAUUUUCGGACUGAUUUAUAUGAACUUUCAUUUGGCUAAUAUGUAAACGAAAAGAUAAUUUAACUCAAAUCAUAACCAACAGGGAAAUAACCUAGUGAAAAGUGGAGAAACAGCAGAAUGAAUUUGAUACAGUAAAGUACUUAUAGGAAUGUCAAUUUCUUCGCGCAUCAUGAACAGAAUGUCGUACAAGAACAUUUAGAAGCCAUAUGAACAACAAAGAAAUCAAGAUAUACGUAUUAUUAUAGUAUACUGAAAGUGUCAUAGCAAUUAGACGUUGGUUAUUCCAAACUUAAGUGAAUGUCUGUCGCUCAAAUAGGUUUCUUUUUAGAUAUGUACGAUAUGAGUUGUAUCUUCGCAUAGCUAGUAUGUAUUUGUAUUGUAUAAAGUAUUAUGAUAUUCCUUCCCAGUUGUGGUGGUUAGCAUUUGCUCAAUUAGUUAUUUAGCUCUCUACUGCGCACUCUUACGCACCGGUGUACCUACUAUUUUAAGAACAAACAACUAUUUUUAUGAUCAAUCCAGUUUUUUACACACUUGUUAUGUUUACGCAAAAGCUCACUGACACCCAUAUGGCCGGAUAAAUUGGAAUGAUUUCCAAUUUGGAAAUAUUUUGAAUAUUUCCUAGCUGCACAUCACAAACGAACAAAAUCCUACAGAAUCUUUCCUAAUCUCUGUAACCAAAUGGUUGUAAGAAAUUCUCACUAUAUCGAUUUAGUUUAGAAUUCCCUCCUUAUAAUGUGGUAGCUAUUUUUGUAUAUUUGAGUUUACGAAAUUAGAGAAAUUUUUAGAACUGAUGUAUAUUAGAAAUAAAUCAAUUCGUCCCGUUUUGCAAUAUA